CGCCAAAGCCUCCGAAGCUCGCCCAUCCCGCAACCCAUCUCCCCUCCAACCGCCAUGUCUGCCGCACGAGCCUUCAGCACCGCUCUCCGGGCUGGUGCCCCCCGCGCCCCCAUUGCCGCCCGCUUCGCCCGCGGCUACGCCGCCGCCGCUCCCUCCAGCGCCGCAACCAAGCCCCCCGUUGCGCUCUUCGGCGUCGAUGGAACAUACGCCAGCGCUUUGUACACCGCGGCCGCGAAGACCAACGCGCUCGACGGCACCGCCAAGUCGCUCGAGCAGCUCGCCACCAUCUUCCAGAAGGACGCCAAGCUCGCCGAGAUCCUGCGCGCUCCCACUCUGUCCGUGUCCGACAAGCAGCAGAUCGUGGCCGAGCUGCAGAAGCACGUCGGUGCGGACAAGGACGGCAUCGUCAAGAACCUGCUCGACACACUCGCCCAAAACAACAGGCUGGGCGUGCUCGAGGGCGUGGUCGAGAACUUCAGCGUCCUGAUGGGCGCGCACCGCGGCGAGAUCGAGCUCGUAGUCACCAGCGCGGCGGCGCUCGACAACAAGACGCUCUCCCGCCUCGAGGCCGCCAUCUCCAAGUCGCAGUACGUCGCCCAGGGCCAGAAGCUCAAGGUCGUGUCCAAGGUCAACCCCGAGAUCCGCGGCGGCCUGAUUGUCGAGAUUGGCGACCGCACCAUCGACCUGUCCGUGUCCUCGAAGAUGGCCAAGAUGAACAAGCUGCUCAAGGAUACUUUGUAAAUAGCGCGGUUCUGGUAUACCCAGCCGGCGACGCUCACCGAGAAGCGGCGUGGUAGGAUUGUGUAUUCUAGACGAUGACGAGAGAGAAAUGUAGUGGUGUUUUCCUCUGGAUUGUGCGGGACCCGGGCGUGCGGCGUGUGGGGUGCGUGCUGUGCGUGGGCUGCUGAGCUUCUGCGAACCGUGUUUCUGGCGUGCUGCUAACAUUUCCACAUGCAUCCAAGCAUUGCAUUUCUCUAACAAUUACAGCAUGUUUCUAACACAUAGUGUACUUCUAACAAAUCUACAGCAUCCCCCUAGCGUUCUUCCAGCGUUCUUACAACAUCCUCCAGCACACCCCCAGCUCCUCCCCCAG